AUGGCGGAAGCGGAGAAGAUCAACUUGGACAACAUCAUUUCGCGUCUUCUGGAAGGUAAGUGUUGAUGUUAACGUUGUUGAUGGUGUUUAGUUCGCGGCUCCAAACCAGGGAAGAAUGUGCAAUUAACCGAGAAUGAAAUCAAAGGCUUGUGUUUCAAAUCCAGAGAAAUAUUUAUGAGUCAGCCGAUCUUGUUGGAGUUGGAGGCUCCUCUCAAGAUUUGUGGCGAUGUUCAUGGACAAUACUACGAUCUGUUGCGGUUAUUUGAAUACGGAGGAUUUCCACCAGAGUCAAACUACUUGUUUUUGGGUGAUUAUGUUGACAGAGGUAAGGAAAGAAUAUUUUUUACGUUGCUUUAGGUUCGAUGGGUUGAUUUAAAGAAAUAUUGUCGUUGCCUAUAUUUUCAAUUUUGGUUUAUAAAUACUAUAGGAAGUUUUCAAAAAUAUGAUAGGAAAAAGAAAUGGAACUUAGUUUUUUUGCCAGAAGUUACAGUUUCUUUUAUGUUUUAGUCUUACAAUAUUAUUUUGAGUUGAGAAAAAAAAUUAGAUUGAAUUUUACUAAUAAAACUUUUUACUUCAAAUCAAAAGACGUACUAUUUGUUACCUAAAACUUUGAUUUUGCAUUAUAUCAGAUUAAUCUUUUACUUUAUAUGUAUAAUUCAUUUCUUUCAGGAAAGCAGAGUCUGGAGACGAUAUGCCUUCUAUUGGCCUACAAAGUCAAGUAUCCCGAGAACUUCUUUUUGCUCCGGGGCAACCACGAGUGCGCCUCCAUUAACAGGAUCUACGGCUUUUACGACGAAUGCAAGAGAAGGUAUAACAUCAGACUGUGGAAGCACUUCACGGACUGCUUUAAUUGCUUGCCAGUAGCAGCCAUUAUUGAUGAGAAGAUCUUCUGCUGUCACGGUGGCUUGUCGCCCGAUCUUCGGUCUAUGGAGCAGAUUCGGCGAUUCAUGCGGCCAACUGAUGUGCCAGACCAGGGGUUGUUGUGCGAUCUGUUGUGGUCGGAUCCGGACAAAGAUGUGGUCGGAUGGGGAGAGAACGACCGUGGCGUGUCGUUCACAUUCGGACCAGAAGUGGUGUCAAAGUUUUUGAAUCAGCACGAUCUCGACCUUAUUUGUCGUGCACAUCAGGUUAGUGUUGUCUUUUGAGUAUUAGAAUGCUGUUUUGGGGAUUUUAAUAUAUUUUAUUGUUAUCUUUUUGAAAGUUUAGUUAAAGUAAUUUCUGAUGUUCUAUAGUUUUAAAUUUGUGUAGUUAUCAAUUUUUGAGGAACUCUUCUUAUCAGUUCUUAUCAGAUCGCCAUAUUUUAUAAUACUAUUAUUUUGAAAAACACGUUUAUUGUUUAGUUCAUUAACUGUUAAGGGUUUUUAUGAUUUAUAUUAUAUACAGUGAGGUUUUUAGUAUAAUAUUACUGUUAUUAUAUAUAUUAUUCAUACUGUUCCAGGUUGUGGAAGACGGGUAUGAAUUUUUCGCGAAACGCCAGCUGGUUACACUGUUCUCGGCACCUAAUUACUGCGGUGAGUUUGACAAUGCGGGUUCGAUGAUGACAGUCGACGAUACAUUAAUGUGUUCAUUCCAAAUCCUAAAACCGUCGGAUAAAAAGAAGUUUACGUACGGCAAUUCCUCGGGUCCAAAUCGUCCAAUCACUCCACCUCGAAACAAUCAGUCGCCCGGCAAAAAGGGCAAAAAGUAGGUCUUUCGAUUUUGUUUUUGUGAUUUUAGGUAUGAAAUGGCGUUGGAAUUGAAGGUUUUGAGUAUGAAAUAGGGUUUGAAAGGCUUAAAGAGCAUUUUUUGUAAGAUACGAAAUUGGUAUUGGUUUAGCGCUACUAAAACAAUUUGAAUUGCUUACUUGGAAAAGAAUUAAAAAGGGAUUUUGAAGAAACUUUUGAUGUUCUGAUACCUAAAUUUAAAUUUAUUUUUAAAAAAUUUAAUGCUAGAUUACUAUUAGUGCUAUUGUGAUACCUAAUUUUAAGUUUUUGUAUGGAUAUUUUGUUAAAAAAAUUAUUUUUGUGGAUUCGAUACCUAACUUUGCCUAUUUACAGCUAA